AUGAAAAAUAUAAAAUUUUUUAAUUUUUUAUUUUUAUUUUUAAUUUUUUUUGUUAAAAGUGAAAACUUAAUUAGAAAGAUAACAAAAAGGGGAGAUUUAGAUCUAGUAUUAUUAUAUGAUGUAGGAAUAAUGCCUAAUAGUGAAAUCAAUCAUAGUUUACUUGAAAACAUUGUAGAAUUAGGAAAUAAUAUUUUAGUUAAAAAUGAAAAAAAAAUUCGUAUUUCUUAUGUAACUUACGAUCAUAUUAAUGUUAAAACAAGAAUAACAACAGAUAAUAGUGAUGCAAAUGCUUCUGAAAAAUUUAAAGAAGAAGUAUUAAGUACGAAAGGGGAAUAUGCUGAAAGAGGAUCUAAACAUUUAAAAGCACUCAACUAUAUAGGCAUAAAACAUUUUUUUAAUUCAAACGAAAAUCUAACAAAAAUGGUUAUCAUGUUUUUAAAUUCAGAUGGAGAUAUAUUAAACGAUGACACUGAUUUAAAUACGAUUCAUUAUUUAUUUGAUAGAAAAAAUAUUAUAUUAAAUAUAAUUACGAAUGCCAAAUUUAAAGAUUAUUGUAAUUACAUCCAAAAAAAUGGAUCAAAUACAAAUGAAUUAUUAAAAUGUGUAUAUAAAAAUUCAUAUUUUCAUAAUUUCAUAUUAAUACAUACAUUUGAAAAAUUUUAUGAUGAUAUUUCCUUAAAUGCGGUAUGUAGCGAGUGGUCUGAAUGGUCUCAAUGCUCCAGCUCUUGUAAUGUUGGUUCCCAUUUUAUGAAAAGAAAAUCCUUAAAAAAUGAGAAAAAUCCAGAAGAAGGAUUAUAUAAAAGAAAGGGAAAGAGUUGUUUAGAACAAAGAAAUUAUAUUUUUCAAGAAUGUUUCAAUGUUAGUUGUGAUCAUUCAUUAGAUAAAUGUGAUACAGAAUUAGAUCUUUCUAUUUUAUUAGAUGAUUCAACAAAAAUUACUUUAGAAACUUGGAAAAAACAUACUAUUCCUUCUAUAAGAAAAAUGAUAUCACACUUAAAUGUAAAUGAAAAACUAGUUAAUAUUUCAUUAACAACAUUUUCUAAUGAAGUAUAUAACUGGUUUGAUUUUUCUAGUAUACUAUCGAAAGAUAGAGAUGAAUUACUUAUAUUUUUAGGAUACAUGGGAUAUAAUUUUGGUGGCAAUUCAAAAGAUAUAAAUAAUGCAUUGCAAUUUGUUCAUAACAAUGUUUUAAAUACUAAUACUACAAGACCAGAUGCAAAAAAAGUUUUAUUAAUAAUUAAUAGUGGCGAUAUAGAAGAAAACUCAAUUAGAGAGGUAGGAGAAUCUAUUAAAAAAAUUAAAGAAACCUACAAUGCUGAAAUUUAUUCUGUUUGUAUUAAUAAUAGUUAUGAAGAUCAAUGCAAAAAAUUAACUAUUUCUUCAAAUGAAAAUCCAAAUGAUAGAUUUUCUUAUUCACUAUUAAACCAUUAUGAUUUGCACAAUGAAAUAUUGGAAAUACAGAAAAAUAUUUGUUCACAUAUUAAUUAUAAUCCUUUCAAUGAUAAAAAGGAAGAUGAAAUAAGAAUAGACCAAAACAAUGAUAAUAAACAAAAAAAUGAAGAAAAAUCAUCUUAUUUAGAUGAAGAAAAUGAUAACCAUAAUGAAAUGUUAAACUUAGAAUUUGAUGUUAAAGAAAGAACAAAUGAUCCUUAUACUUUAGUAGGAGAAAGUACAAGAUCAUACGAAGACGAUUAUUUAAAUGAUGAUUUAUCAAGAAAAAAAAAAAUAUAUUUUAGAAGUGAAUUAAAUUUAAAUCCAUAUAAAAACAUAAAUGAUAAAAAUUUAAAUAAAAAUAUAAUGGUAUUUAGAUCAUCAAAUAAUUUGAAUGAAGAAUACGAAAAUGAGAAAAUUCCUAAUUCAUUAAAUACAUAUAGUUCUGAAUAUAAAAAAAAAGGAUAUAAAAAACUAUUAAAUAAAUUAUUACUAAAUAUGUUUAAAAAAAAAAAAAAGUACAACAUAAAAAAUUUUGAUGAUGAAGCAAAAAACAAGCUUAAAAUAUUUAUACAAAAAGUAGAAAUUAGAGAUGAAAAAUUUGAAGAUGAGGAUGAAAAAGAAAAAGAGAUAGAACAAGAAUUUGAUAUUUUGUUAGAUGAUUUAUUUAAAAAUAAAACUGAUUCUAGUGAUAAGAACAUUGAUGAUUACUCUUCUAAUGAAAAAGAAGAUUAUGAUAAAUUGGAAGGAGUAUUACAAGCUGAUAUGUCUUUUUCUGAUAUAUAUGAAAUAAAUAGAAAACUACUGCAAAAAGUAAAAGAAGCUCAAGACAAAAUACCUGAAUAUAAAUAUGAAAUACGUAGAAAAAAGAUGAAAAUUCCUGCAGAUGAAAAAAAUAGUGAAAUGAACAAAUAUAAAAAAUUAGAAGAAAAGCAAGAUGAUUACGUACCUGAUGUGGAAGAUUCAACAAACAAUGAAAAAUAUAUGCAUAGAAACAAAAGAUCUGUCAACUUUGAAAAUGGUUUUGAUAAAAUAAACAAUAGCAAUAGUUACCCUAGUAAUGAAGAAAACGGUUUUAAUGAUGGUGUUAAUGUAGAAAAAGAAGUAUUACGAGUUAAUGAAGAUAAUAAUAAUUCGAACAAAUUUGGAGAUACAAAUAAUUCUUCAAGUAAUAUAUUUAAUGAGUCUAGUACAAAUAAUGAAUUCACUAAUAUUUUAAAUUCUAAGAAAAAACAGGAAGAAAAUAAAAAUGAUAAUUAUUCAAAUGAUGCACGAGGUAUACAUUCAUUUAAUAAAAAUAAAAGUAAUUGCAAAAAAAGAAUAUUGACUAAAAAUGAUUAUUUGCGUACUAAAAUAUGUGAUAUGAAUAAAAGUGAAUAUCCGAAAACGUUAAAUUCAAGAGAACUGAGACCUAAUAUUAUGCAGGAACAUAUAUUAGAUGCAUUGAAAGAGAAAGAAUCAAAUAAUAUUGAAGGGAUUAAGCUGAUAAAUAAUGAAAAAGAAAAUGCAACAGGUACUAAAAAAUUAAUAAGAUCCAAUAAUUCAGAAUUAGACACAGUAUAUAGUAAGUUAAAAAUAUUAAAUACUGACGAAUCAUAUAAUAGCAGUAAUGAAAAAUCUGAUAAUAUCAGUACUGGAGAAUCAAAGACACUAAAUAAUUUAGAAUCAUUGCAGACUAAUAUUGGAGAAUCAAGACCAAUUAAUGCUGAAAAAUCACAAUCAAUCAGCAAUGAAAAUCCCAAGUCAGUAUCUAUUCAAGAACCUAAAAUAAGAAAUUCUAAAAAUACAAAUUCAAUUAACAUUAAAGAUAUAGAGCAACUGGAUACUGAAGAUACUAAAAAAAAUUAUGACAAUGAGAACAUCAAACAAAAUAAUGAAGAGGGGGGAAAAGAUAAUCAUAACCAUGAUCAUAAAUCAUCUGCACAUGUAUAUAAAUAUGCUGCUGCAUUUGCAGUAGUAGCAUUUGUAUCAAUAGGAGCUUCAAUGUAUUAUUUAUAUUAUAGAAAACAUAAAGGGAUAGUAAGAUCUUUAGAUUCUAACGAAUUCUCAGUAUCAUCGGAUAUAAAAGAAUUAAAAUGCAAAGAACAAAAUGUUAAUUUAAAUGAAGAGCACUCUUGGAAUUAA